AUUAACUCUAAUUGUAGUUUUAUAAAACAACACUAUUUAGUGUGGACCUGUGUGAACUCAUCAUAGUGUAAUCGGAAGUUAUCAGCACCAUCUAUUGGAAGGGCGUGGCUUGAAUUGUAUUAGAGUAUUGUUUAACGUGUCAGUUUAUUAUAACCUAUAAACAUUUUUGACAUGCGUUAAAUUCUCGUUCGGUUCAAAUCAUUUCAUCAACCAUUUCAUCCAAAUUCCCUGUAUUAAAUUGAAGAGUGUAUUAUGGCAUCCUCAAACAACAAAGAACAAUUCCAAGCAGUGCUGAACGAUCUGCGAAACGCCGUUAAAACAAGAAUAGACGCAGAUGAAGAGGAUAUACAAAAUUUUUUGAGUUAUUUUAAUGGGCAAGAGCAAAUGAUAACGGAAACCACCGCUAUGACCAUAAACGCUAAGUUCAGUCAGUAUCAGAGCAUGUUACAAUUUUUGGAAAGAAGAGCGCACGAUUUUUCGAUACAGGCAGAAAAUUGCCUUGGCCCUGCCAAGGAGAAAUUGACCAAUGAGCGUGGACGGGUUAUAGCGAAGAUUAAAGAAAAAUUAGGUCACGAGGUUCGCAUGGUGAGACAACUGUACCAAGGCUACCAAACCAAAUCGAACGCCAUCCUGGUGGACAUACAAAACGAAAUUGCGACCAUAGAAGAAAAAUUAAAUGAACUCGAUGCGCAGUACAUUUCGGAAGCGAUGCCAGCUAUAGGUCAAAAAAUUAACAACCUUCCGACGGAAAUGUUGAACGAAUAUGAAGACAUAAAAAAUCAAGUUCAGCAGAAGGGAGAAAAGUUGGCCAAUUUUAUCGAGGACGCUAUUAUAGAAGUCGAAACGAUCGGCUCCAUAGUGGAGGCAGAUGCCAAAAAAUGCGUGUACACACUAAUACAAGAACAUCAAACCAAUAAGGCAAACGCAUAA